AUGUCGUCGAACAAAGGAGCAGCAAGCGAACGGAUCUCCAAAUCGACGGAAGAAGAAACGAGCGCACACCACAGCAACAAAACGAGGUUGCUUGCAGGUCAGGUCGUGGUGACAGUCGUGAUCGAAGCGAAGGACAGACGGGAAGAGAUGGGCGAUGUCGUGUUCUCUGGGACGUUCCCCUUUGCCUCAACUCACGAGGCGACACAGUACGACUGA